AUGAGCUGCACCAUCCGCGCAGCGCACCCGCACAUUGCCUACCUCGUCCGCGUGCACUCGGACCUGGGCACCUUUCCGAGCGAGCGCACCUGGUACGAGCUCCGCUUCUCGCGGAUCGCAAAGCUGCACGCCGAGCUCGCCGAGCUGCAUCCGGGGCUGCAGCUGCCCGGCCUGCCACGGACGCGCUGGUUUGCCAACCGCCAUCCCAGCUACGUCGCAGAGAUCUGCUCGGACCUGGAGCGGUACUUCAUGCAGCUGCUCGCGAGCUGGUGCCGGCAGUACGAGUCGUACGACGGCUUCCUCAUGCUCCUCGACGCGGCGCACCACGGCCUCGCCACGCCCGCACCCGCCGACGGCGGCGGCAAGAGGACAGCGGGCGCGGCGGCGGUGCUGUGUGUGCAGCUCUGCGCGACCGUCGAGGCGGAGGUGGGCGGCCGCUGCUCGCAGGCGCGAGAGGCGCGGGGCGAGGAGUCGGCGCUCUUCCGCUCCCUCGUCGGCGGGUCGCUCGAAGAGCUACUCGAGGAGCCGCUAGGCGAGGGGGCAGAAGCUGCUCCGGCCGUGUACUGGCGCACGCCGCCAGCGGAGGCCGCGCCACGGCCGCGCUUGUUCGGCGUGCGAGGCGGGCGGCGCGGCUGCCUGGGCGAGCUGGCGCAGCUCCGAGCCGUGGGGUGCGCGUCGCUGCUUGAGGACGAUGCUUGCUACGUCCUCGACGCGCCGUCGGCGGGCGCGUCGGACGCGUACGCGCUGCUGCUCGCGCAGUCGCUCCGCUCCAACGACCGGCGAGGCGCGCGCAGCGAGGGCUGCGAGAGCACCGUCUUCCGCUCGCUGUUCCAGCGGUGGCACUGGGCGCGCGAGGCGAGUCUCGAGUGGGCUGAGCCGGCUGAAGGGCCCGCUCCGGCGCCGCCCGUCGCCGUCGGCAGGAGCCGUUCUGGCGGGGCCCGGGCGGCGGUGGACCCGGGCUCGGAGAUGCUGAACGUGUGGCUGCUGUCGGAGGGCCCCCCCGCGCUGCUCCCGGACAGCGAGCUGGGCAUCUUCUUCUCGGGGAGCGCCUUCAUGGUGCUCUACUCUUGCUCGCGUGGCGGCGUGCCGCACUCGUCGCUCCACUUCUGGCGCGGCAGCGGCGCGCGGCAGCGCGGCAGCGGCGUCCCCAUCCGCCGCUUCCUCACCUGGCGCUUCCGGCUGCAGCCGCUGCUGCUGCAGCUCGGGCCGGCGGUUGUUCCGGAGAUUCUCGAGGAGGGCGACGAGCCGCCCAGCUUCGUCGAGCUCCUUGAGGGGCUGAUCGUGCUGUCGGGCAGCCACCCCGGCGCGGGCUGCGUGGAGGAGGAGGACUACGCGCCCUUUGGGCAGGAGGAGUCGGCCGCAGACGACGACUCGCCCGCAGGCGGCGAGCCCGCGCGCGAGCACACCGGCGCUGCGGCGGCCUCCUCGCUCUCCGCGCUGCGCGGGUCGGCCGAGGCGGCGCUCUUUCAGUGGGAGGGCUCGCACAGCUCGCCAGAAGUGCGCGCCGCCGCGGCCGCCGUCGCGGAGCGAUUCGCGGGCGCGCUUUCGGGCCGCGUGGAGGUGGUGGCGGAGGCGUCCGAGCCGGCCGAGUUUUGGCAGUCCUUGCUCGUCGGGGCGGGCCACCGGCCGUCGAUGUGGCGGGUGUGGGCGCGCGGCCGCGGCUUCGAGCGCGUGCAGUGGCUGCACGGCCCGUGCGGCCGGCCGGAGCAGUGGAUGCUGCAGCCCGAGGCGGUCUGCCUGGUCGACGGCGGCGCCUGCACAUUCGUGUGGGUCGGGCGCGACGCGUCGGAGGAGGACGAGGCGCUCGCCACCGCGCUCGCCUCCCGGUACGGCCAGACCUUCGAGCCGGCGAUGCAGCUGAGCCACGCCCUUGCGGGUUCAGAGCCGGACGAGCUGCGGCGGCUCUUUCACGGCUGGACGGUGGCACGCGGGCGCGACGACACGCGGCAGCUCGACGACCUCGAGGAUGCGCGCGACGCGCUGCAGCAGGGCUCCGGCCUGAUUGGGCGCGCCCCGCGCUGCACGGGGGCGCGUGCCAGGCCGCGGCGUCGAGAGAGAAUGACUCGCUUGCUUGUUCCGCGUGAGCCCGACACUCUCGCCGUCCCCACUCUCCAGGCGAUCGGCGUCGCCUUUUCCGAGGUGGACCUCGCCCGCGAAGGGCCGCGCGGCGUGCACGCGCUGCGGCGGCUGCUGGCGGCGGCGGGCGCGAGCGGGUCGCUGAGCAAGCUGCUGCCGGUGGCGGUGCUCGACGGGCGGCUGUCCGGCGCGGUGAGCGUGCGGGACCUGCCGCCGGACGAGUGCUUGCACGCGGGCUGGCUGCGCAAGGAGGGCGACCUCUUCACGCCCAGGAAGCGGCGGUGGGCCGUCGUGCAGCCGCGGCAGCUGCUGCUCUUCAAGUCGCCGCUGCCCGUCGAGAAGGCGGAGCUCAUCGUCGAGCUCGGCCGCUCGUCGACCCGGACGCUGCCCGGCUACCACUUCGAGGGCGUGGAUUUGGCGAAGUGGGUGGCUGCGCUGCAGCGGGCGAGGUCCUAUAGCUAG